GAGGUUGGAAGGGCGUCAAUGUUGUGGCAGGCCAGGCUGAAGUUGCGUAGCGCACUGGAGAUGUUUAUCUGGAAAUGCAAUCUCAGCUGUGCAUGAUCGAACAAAGUCUGCUGGAGAAUCACAUGACCCUGUGAGCUGUAAAGAGGGUGGAGCCCCGACCAUUUGUUCAAAAAAGAAGUCUCUGUAUUGAAUCAACUGCUUCGUUUUCCCUGCAAACAUGGAGUGGACGCCUUAUCGAAUAUUUCUGGCAUUAUUGCUAGUUGUAACUGGCUCUAUAAAUACGUUGAGCACAAAAUGGGCUGAUCGUAUGACCUCUGUAGGUCUGGAUGGUGAAAGUAGACCAUUUGUUCACCCAUUCCUCCAGGCUAGCACCAUGUUCCUUGGAGAGGUAGCUUGUCUUGCUACCUUUAAACUAUUGUACUGGUACUACUCUCGAAGACAGGAUGGUUCAGAGACUCGUGAAAAAACUACAUCAGGAAAUACCAACUUCAGAGCUCUUAUUUUGCUUCCCCCUGCAAUGUGUGAUAUGAUCGCCACCUCAACCAUGUAUAUUGGACUUAAUCUCACCUAUGCUUCAUCAUUCCAAAUGCUGAGAGGUUCUGUUAUUGUCUUUGUUGCAAUCCUUUCAAUUGCAUUUUUGGAUAAAAAAUUGAGAGGUGUGGAAUGGGCUGGAAUUCUAUUUGUCAUUAGUGGCCUGACCGUUGUGGGCAUGUCUGACUUUGCUUCUGGAUCAUCUCAGGAACACAAAGACACGAAUUCCAUCAUUACUGGUGACCUUCUAAUUGUUGCUGCUCAAAUCAUUACUGCAUUCCAAAUGGUCUAUGAGGAAAAAUUUGUUAAAGACAAGGAUAUACCUGCUCUCAUGGCUGUUGGUUAUGAAGGAUUUUGGGGCUUUGUUGUGCUGGGAAGUUUAUUGGUGCCCUUCUACUGGAUUCCUGCCUACCCUCCAUUCAGUGCAAAUCCAAGAAAUGUUUUGGAAGAUACACCUGACGGCCUUGUACAAUUGUACAACAAUGGAUUCCUUCUGUUAGCUAUGCUUGGUACAUUUGUUAGCAUUGCUUUCUUUAAUUAUGCUGGUGUUAGUGUUACCAAGGAAAUGUCUGCUACAACUAGAAUGGUGUUGGACAGUGUCAGAACUCUAGUUAUUUGGAUUGUUUGCCUUGGUCUACGCUGGCAAGAUUUCAACUACCUGCAGGUAGUAGGAUUUGCUCUGCUGUUGGUUGGAAUGUGUCUGUACAAUAAUGUAUUCCUAGAACCAACAUUUAAAAGGAUUGUUGGGUACAUGAACAGACGAGCAGGCAUGACGGGGCGUCAUGCUAGACUUGAAGAGGAAGAAGCUGGUGUGUUAGAUAAUCAUGAAGCAGACAAGGCUACAACUAGUUGAAAAUUUCUUAUCCUAUUAUCAAGCUUAUUGUCAAUGAACUGGACUAUAAAAUAAUUGUUUGUACUAUAAGAAAUAUACUCUUAACAUUGUCGUUUUGUAGUGGAGCAUGAGAAUGUGAAGCUAUCUGUGAUCUGUGUCUCUUACAUUGAUGCAUUCAUCAUCAAUGAAAAUGAGUAUAUUUUUUUAAUUUUUAUCACAUUGUAUUACGGUUAUCAUACCUACCUCAUGUAAAGCAUUUGCUCCUUAAAUAUACAUUCUUGCCAAAGCAAUGAGGUCAGUAAUUUUGCUUUGAGAGGACUGUUAAUAUCAUGGUAUAGUUUCUCAUUGUUCGGUAGUGAUUAGAAGUUAAAGUGUGUUUUGGCACAUUAUUUAGUCUAUGAAGACUGAUCUAAUUUUUAAAGUUUUGGUCCAAGUGUAUGAAAUGCUAAAGAAAGAUUGAUUGAAAAUUGCCUACAUGGAAACAACUUUUCAUAAAUUUGUGAUAAUGAACUUUAGAUAUCCAUGUAUUGCCUUUAGUGUUUUAAUAAUGCCCAUAAUCUUACUGACUAUAAGCUGCAAUAAAUCAUUUUACAAAUAA